UCCAUUAAUUACUAAGGUAGAAAGGAAGAUCCCAUCUCCCAUUUUGUAUAAAUUCCAUCAUUGCAUUAUAAGUUAAUGUCACAAGCAUCAGUUCCAAGUGUGCUGAUUUAUGCAUUACAAGUUCAAAUCUCAACUGGGUUUCUCUCACUUUUCUAUAUUGAUACUAUGGCGGAAAGUUCGGUUAGCAAUGUGGUUAUUUCAAACACAAGGCUUUAUGAGAGAUUUUUCAAGCAAAGGCACUCCCUGGUGUUGCUGUCCAAAUGGGCACUCAAAAUUGCAAUGUGGCUGAUUUUCAUUCUCUGGGUCACUCUGAUUUUUCUCUAUCCUAGUGAUUUCAUGAGUGGAAUAUUUCGCAAAUGGUAUGAUGAUAAGCGAGGGGCUUUUUAUGGAUAUGUUGGAAUAUUAUUUCCAACCUUCAGUGGCCCGGUCAUUAUUAUUGCAUUUCUUGCAAGUAUCUAUGUAACUGCCUUUCAAAAAGAAUACCAUAAGACAAAGAAACCGAGAAUUUUGAGAUUUCGCUUAUCCACAUUCCCUGUUAUCAUUAAUGGGCCAUUUGGGAUCAUCUCCGCUGCUGAGCUGAUUGGGAUAAUCGUACUAGCUGCUUAUCUUAUUUGGGCAUUUUCUGCUUAUACGAUGCAAAACCAUCGCCUGAUAUCUAAGAUGCCAGUGACUUCUAUGGAGAAACGUUACCUAAUGCUGGAAUAUUCAGGGGGGUGUUUGGGUACAAUUGGAAUGUAUUGCUUGGCAUUUCUAUUUCUCCCAAUUGCACGAGGAUCGGUUCUGCUCCGUCUCAUAGAUGUCCCUUUUGAGCAAGCAACAAGGUACCAUAUUUGGUUGGGACAUGUCACAAUGGCAGUAUUCACGUUACAUGGCAUAUUUUAUAUUGUCGCUUGGGCAAUGCAGGGUCAGAUCUUACAUGAAAUGGUAAAUUGGCGAAGCGACGGCAUUUCCAAUCUCCCCGGAGUAAUUAGCCUCUUGGCUGGCCUGUUGAUGUGGGUGACAUCAUUGCAGAGAGUGAGGAAGAGGAAUUUUGAGCUCUUCUAUUACACCCAUCAGCUAUAUGUGGUUUUCAUCGUAUUCUCCGCAUUGCACGUUGGAGAUUUCAUCUUCAGUGAAGCAUCAGCAGGGAUAUUCAUCUUCCUACUCGAUCGCUUUUUGAGGUUCUGCCAAUCACGAAGCGCUGUCGAUGUAAUUUCCACGACAUGCCUUCCAUGUGGGACAGUCGAAUUGGUUCUUUCGAAGCCAAGAGAUAUGAAUUACCAUGCUCUCAGUUUUAUUUUUCUUCGGGUGCGGGAGUUAUCUUGGCUACAAUGGCAUCCCUUUAGUGUUUCGUCAAGUCCCUUGGAUGGCAGACAUCAUCUUUCGAUUCUCGUAAAGGUUCUUGGGCGAUGGACAAAGGAACUAAGAGACGCUCUCUUGAAUGCUCCUGACCAGUCUCAAAGAGGGUUACCAUUUCAACCUCGUCCUUGUAUAAAAGCUUCGGUCGAGGGGCCAUACGGGCAUGAAUCUCCAUAUCACUUAAUGUAUGAAAACCUUAUUUUGGUAGCUGGAGGCAUUGGGAUUUCGCCUUUUCUGGCUAUCUUGAAAGACAUCCUGCUCCGGAUUAGGGAGAAGAAACCAUGUCUACCGAAAAAAGUAGUGAUCAUUUGGGCUGUGAAAAGAUCCAAGGAGCUUUAUCUUCUAUCCAUGAUCAAUGCACAAUCCCUCUGUCCAUCUUUUUCCAUUAAACUGCAUUUAGAGAUUCAAACUUACGUCACUCAAGAACAAGGACCUGUUUUGGACGUUCCCCAAAGCAUGGACUGCUCCUCUUUCCACAAUAAAAAUAGAAGUCACAUUUCCGGUUUGGUCGCUACGGGGAAUAACAUAUGGUCUGGAUUUUAUUUUUCCUUGUCGACAGUUGGAUUUUUUGUCUACUUGACUCUGAUGAAAGCAUUUUAUAUAAAACCAUUCAAAAUAACAAGUUGGUGGUUUCAAGGCCUUCUAUUCAUUGUAUGCAUGGUUGCAAGCAUCGUCACAUUCGGAGCUCUUGUGGUCUACUUGUGGCACCAUUGGGAGAAAAGGGUUUCGAGCUCCGAGAAAUUUAGCGAUGACAGUGAGGAGAGUGGCUUGACACGUUACAAUGAGCCGAAGUUGCAGAUUGGCCUGUGCAAUACAAAUCUUGAUAGAUUAAGCACUACACAAUACGGAUGCCGACCGAACAUACAAGAGAUCUUCAACUCCAUCUCAGACCGUUGGGGGAACAACGAUGUCGGCGUCAUUGUAUGCGGCCCACCAAGCCUUCAAUCUAGUGUUGCUGCAGUGUGCAGAUCCCGAAACAUAUGGGGCAGACGAGACCAACCAAUCUUCCACUUCAACAUGCACAGCUUUGAUCUGUAGUCAGCACCUCUUAUCAUGUACAUUUACAAAUAAAGGUCAUAUAUAACUCAUUCGAAUCUUCAAAUUCAGUAUUGAAAUUGGCAUGAACCGUCCACCACCAUGGCAGUUAUCGUAAGUUGUAAUUUAUCAGAAGUGUAUCAUUACAAGCUAUGUAGAUGGUUUGUAUUUAGAGAAUUCUGUAAGAAUAUCAGUAUCUCGUGUUCUUUGAACUGCCUCUGAACAUGUUUCAUCACAUUCUGGAAUCAGCCAGCUUGUUUUCA